GCCAUCAUUUUUAUAUGUCAAGAGAAUGGGCCAAUAAUUGAUUGUUAUUCUCCUUUUUCUUUUUUCAUCCAUCUAUAUAUACCUUUGAGAAAUAUCCAUUUACACACACCACAACAGGAAAGCUAAAAAAGAAGCAAAUAUGGCCUUGACCCUGAAGUCUUUAGCAACUCCUUUGCUUUUUGGUGCUUUGUUUAUCCUUAUAUUGCAGGUUGUUGCAGAGCAGCCAAUAUCUGAAGCUAAAGUUGAAUCUGCAAUCCUUCAGGAAUCAAUCAUUAAAGAGGUUAAUGAAAAUGCCAAAGCUGGGUGGAAAGCUGCAUUCAACCCUCGAUUCUCGAAUUUCACGGUUUCGCAAUUUAAGCGCCUUCUUGGAGUUAAGCCCGCAAGAGAAGGUGAUUUGGAGGGAAUUCCUAUUCUAACUCAUCCAAAACUUUUGGAGCUACCAAAAGAGUUUGAUGCACGAAAAGCUUGGCCUCAAUGUAGUACUAUCGGAAGAAUUCUGGAUCAGGGACAUUGCGGUUCUUGUUGGGCUUUUGGUGCUGUUGAAUCGCUGUCUGAUCGUUUCUGUAUCCAUCAUAACUUGAAUAUCUCUCUGUCUGUAAAUGAUCUGUUAGCAUGCUGUGGCUUUUUAUGUGGGAGUGGUUGUGAUGGUGGAUAUCCAAUAACAGCAUGGCGAUACUUUAUCCGUAGGGGUGUGGUCACAGAAGAGUGUGACCCUUACUUUGAUAAUGAGGGAUGUUCCCACCCUGGUUGUGAACCAGGAUAUCCCACCCCAAAGUGUCAGAGGAAGUGUGUGAAGGAGAUUCUACUAUGGGGGAAAUCAAAGCAUUAUGGUGUCAAUGCAUACAGGAUCCACCAUGAUCCCAACAGUAUCAUGACAGAAAUUUACAAAAAUGGACCAGUCGAGGUCUCUUUUACCGUCUACGAGGAUUUUGCUCACUACAAGUCUGGAGUUUACAAGCAUGUAACAGGGCAAAGUAUGGGAGGCCAUGCUGUUAAGCUUAUCGGAUGGGGAACCAGUGAGCAGGGAGAGGACUAUUGGCUUAUUGCUAAUUCUUGGAACAGAGGCUGGGGUGAUGAUGGUUACUUCAAGAUCAGAAGAGGAACAAAUGAAUGUGGCAUUGAACAUAAUGUGGUGGCUGGAUUGCCUUCAGCCAAAAAUCUGAAUGUGGAAUUAGAUGAUGUCUCUAAUGCUUUCCUUGAUGCCUCAAUGUAAAAUGCUGCUACUUCAACAGGACACUGCAUAAUACUGUAGCAAAGUAUACUGGAGACGAGAAAAACUUAUGAACUAGCAUAUUUAUCUCGUGGAUUUAAUUAUCUGUAUAAUUCAUAAUUAACACUUUCCAAUUCUCACCUUUCAGUUGUGUUUGUCAAUUUCA